AUGGGUGAACACCGAUUACUCGUUAAGGAUUAUACCUUCGUUGUGCUCGCGCUUCUGUAUACGUUCGGUCCGCUCCAUUAUGUGGCUUCCUUCAUACCUACACUAUGGAGCUUCCCCGCACUCUUUGUGCUCAGCAAGUUCGUGUGGAAUGCAGUCGAAGAUAGAUUAUCGAGGAAACGUGUGAAGUCGGAUGGCAAAGCCAUAUUCAUCACUGGCUGUGAUUCUGGCUUCGGAUUCGAACUCGCGAAGCGGAUGGCAGGCAAAGGCUUCGACAUUUAUGCCGGAUGCCUGUUCCCCGAUGGCGACGGGGCUAAAAGCCUGGCUAAGACACCGAAUAUUUUCGUCGAGGGCUUUGACGUCACGAAGGAGCACAGCAUCUCGGACGCCGUGGUCAGAAUAAGAGAACGUCUCGAGAGCGAUAACAAAUAUUCUUGGACCAACAGACGAACGAAACUCAAAUAUAUUUCCUCAGGUCUUUGGGGUGUUGUGGCCAACGCGGGCAUACCGCUCCUCGGUCCUUUCGAAUGGUGCUCAAUGGAGGACAUCCAUAGGUUGUUCGACGUCAACGUCUUCGGAGUCAUCAGGACUGCCAAGGCUUUCAUUCCACUGCUGAGAGGAUCGAACGGUCGUUUCGUCAUCACGGGGAGCGUUUCCGGAGUGACAAGCUACCCGCUCCUGAUCCCGUAUUCGAUGAGCAAAGCGGCUGUCAGCAGCCUUUCCGAGGGUCUCAGACGGGAACUUGGACCUCAAGCGAAAGUGUACUUCACAACUAUAUUGCCAAGUUUCCACAAAACUCCCAUGCUUGAGGAAUGCUCUGUCAAAGAACUCGACAAGAGAUAUCUCGCUCUGCCCGAGGCGGAGAGGGAGAAAGUCAGUCCCAGGUAUCUGGAGAAGUGCAAGCAAACGCACCGCACGGUUGUUUCGGUCCUGGCCAUCUCGGACCUGACGGCAACUCUCAAGGCCUUCGAUCACGCAUUGACUUCAGUGAGGCCGCGGCCGUGGUAUAUCUGUGAUCGACCCGUGAUGCUGAAUGUGCUGUGGCCCAUAGUCCACCACUUCCCGGUAGAAACAACAGAUUUCAUGUUCCAAGAGUUCGGAAAAAUCGGAAACUUCUUUAAAUAUAUCUUCGGUGGAGGAUCCGACUCUCGCAGAACGAAAUCAUAA